UUGAAGGUGCGAACAUUCAAGACAUUCUUGAUCAAGAACCCCUUGACUGAAUAUGGAGCCUGAGGUGCAAGAGUCUCUCCUUGACAUAUCUUCCUCUACUCCUAGUCGCAGUCGCUUGGAUGACAUUAACAGAUUGGAACUCAUUUUGUCUGAUUUUGAUCAGCCAUGGAGAAAGAGGAUAAAAGAUGCAGUGUUCUUGGAAUCAAAACUUCUAUGGCGUCUUGCUGCUCCUGCAGUUGCAGUCUACAUGAUAAACUAUAUGAUGAGCAUGGUCACACGGAUACUCUGUGGGCAUCUGGGGAACUUGGAGCUUGCUGCUGCUUCUCUUGGGAACUCUGGGAUUCAAGUUUUUGCCUAUGGACUCAUGUUGGGCAUGGGCAGUGCUGUGGAAACUCUGUGUGGACAAGCUUACGGAGCCAAAAAAUACGAAAUGUUGGGAAUAUAUCUGCAAAGAUCAACAGUCCUACUCAUGGCCACCGCCAUUCCUCUGACAGUAAUCUACAUAUUUUCCAAGCCAAUUCUGCUACUUUUGGGCGAAUCUGAGAAAAUAGCAUCGGCAGCCGCAAUAUUUGUAUAUGGUCUAAUACCGCAAAUCUACGCGUAUGCUGCUAAUUUUCCAAUCCAGAAGUUUAUGCAGGCACAGAGCAUUGUGGCGCCCAGUGCUUACAUUUCGUUGGGCACAAUUUUUAUCCACCUGUUUUUAAGCUGGCUGGUUAUUUACAAGUUUGGCUGGGGAAUUUUCGGGGCUGCGUUUAUUUUGAGCGUAUCUUGGUGGAUUGUUGUUAUAGCGCAGUAUGUUUAUAUAAUGAAAAGUCCGAGGUGUAAGAAAACGUGGACUGGUUUUUCUCUUCAGGCCUUCACUGGAUUGUCGUCAUUCUUCAAGCUUUCUGUCGCUUCUGCCGUCAUGUUGUGUUUAGAAACAUGGUACUUCCAAAUAUUGGUCCUCCUCGCAGGCCUCUUGAAAAAUCCAGAAAUCGCAUUGGAUUCUCUGGCUAUAUGUAUGCUAAUUUUGGGGUGGGUGUUCAUGACAUCUGUUGGGUUUAAUGCUGCUGCCAGUGUUAGAGUAGGGAAUGAGCUUGGUGCUGGGAACCCAAGAGCAGCAGCAUUUUCAGUGAUAAUGGUGAACAUGGUCUCCUUCUUGAUAUCAUUGAUGUUUGCCAUUGCUGUUAUUAUUCUACGAAAUGUGAUGAGCUAUGCCUUCACUGAAGGGAAGGAAGUAGCAGAUGCUGUAUCAGAACUUGCCCCAUUUCUUGCUGUAUCUAUUGUCCUCAAUGGUGUACAACCAGUACUUUCAGGUGUGGCCGUUGGUUGUGGAUGGCAAGCUCUUGUGGCUUAUAUAAAUGUAGGUUGUUAUUAUAUUAUUGGAAUACCUUUGGGAUGCUUGUUAGGUUUCAAAUUUGAUCUUGGAGCAAAGGGAAUUUGGUCAGGAAUGCUGGGUGGAACAGCCUUACAAACUAUAAUUUUAUUGGUUAUUACUUGUAAAACAAAUUGGACAAAAGAGGUGGAAAAAGCUUCUCAACACUUGUCUACUUGGGAUGCUAAAGCUCAAGAUGAAUCAAAAACAUGUAAUGAACAAUAAGGAUUAAGGAAAAAAAUUCACUUUAUAGCAAGACUUUGUUGGCCUCUUUCACAAUAAGGAAGAGUCCUGGGUGGUUGCAAGAAGUUGAAUCUCACUUUUGGGCAAAAAGUGGAAGUGUUUGCUCUGUUUUUCAAAAUUUCCGUCGAUUGAUGUCAAAAUUUGAUGCACUUAGAGAUUGAAUCUCAAAAACUUCAGUAAUAGAAAAUGUAGUGCUCGGAGUCUAGUUUUCAAAUAUGUAAUUUAUUUUACUACCCACAUGGUAGAAACCACUUUUUAGUAGGCAUGUUUAAAAACCGGUUUUUCAAAAUGCCUGUUUCAGGACCA